AUGGGUAGCGUCUCAAGCGCGACUAAGCCGGCUGAAAAGCCGAAAGCAUCACCCUUGAGUGAAUCCACGCCAGAGGCAAGGGGUGUCUUACGGCGCGCGGGACCUCAAGUCAAAAAGUACCGAAAGCCAAGAAGACCCAGGUCGCUCCCGAAACAUCGCUCCUGCCCUGGAAACGGAGCAUGUAAAGCAGAGGAGCACGAAAGUAGACAAAGAGAUAACUACUCCUGCAAGGGAACAGCAUCUAGACCACAAGACAAGACCAAUGGAAACACCGGAAAGGUCAACUGGAUCCCGCAGCUGGGCCACAGUAGUGGCCAACACAAUUUGGCACAAGCCAGUCGUGGUGAACGGGGCUCCGGCGGGGCAGCGGACCUGGAAGAACUUGUGAGUCCAGUGUCAGGUCUCAGAGUUACGAAUAUAGGUCAAGCCAAAGGUGGACUGUCAUGGGUAGCCGAUGACAUGCCCACCGUCAAAGUUAUAGCAAAAGACGAGGUGGCUCCUCGGGCAUUACGCCCGAGGAAUCUGAUGCUAUAG